GCGCCGUAAAAAUUUUGCGUAGGCGUGUGUAAUUUUGUUUACAACUUUUGGUUAAUACUUAAUACUGCGAACCACUUCCGAGUUCGAAUGUUGCAGUUCGUUGUGAAACUGCUUGUUACAAGGUUACUGUCAAGUUAUUAGCAGAAAACUAAUAAGGCCGCAACGCAGUGCACUUUUACGAUUUACUGUUGCAUUUCUCUCUUAUCGAUCUAAUAACAUUAACGUUCCUAAACAUGGCCAGAUUUGUGAUGAAGGACUUGCAGGCGGUCUUCCGUGGUCUCCAGCAGGUCGCUCGAAGCAGCGCAGAGCAUCAGCUUACAGAAACAGCUCUUCGAUGGCAUACUCUUAGCCUGCGCCCACUGCUGCAGGAAUGCGUUAAUAAAGCCCAAAGAUCUCGGACGUCUGGUAUUUCGUUACGGGAAUUUCCCGCCCGCGUGGGAGCCGUGAUGCAGGGAAUCCAGGAGCAGGUGAAGAUCUUGGCGGGAAUGCCUUCCCAAGCUUUAGUCACACCGGAAGGCUUCGUUUUCUACACGGAUAAACUCGACAAAGACACUCACAAAGAAUAUCCGGCCGUGGCCGAUGAAGCCCAUUCCGCCAAAGUCCAUGGUUUGAAGCCGGAAAGCGGAGAAGCCUGUGAAGCGGCGAAACGGGCCAAAGAAUUUAUGAACCCACCAAUGUCGCCAUUGGAUCCCGAAGAUAAGAACGAAGUGGUACGCACUCCGGAGAUGUCUGGAUCCUCGGCUGCCGAUGAUCACAAUGCCGAUGAAUCGGAUAAAGCGGCUCAGAGACUGGGAAAAUUCAUGAACGAAGAGAUAUCCCCGGACAGCAAACCAUUUAAGCCGUAUGCAAAAGAUUCAGCAAAGACCACAGUGUCUUUCACGGAUGCCACGAGUGAAAAUUUUCGCGUACAAGAAAGCUUGAAAAAGCCAUGGACAUCUUCCGCCGCAUCUGCAUCACUUUUCUCUGCUGAUAAAACUUUGAAAUCUGCCGAUAUACACCCGGCAUCGCCCAUGGAACAUAAUCUGAAACAGACGUUGGGUCCUAAAUCACGAGAACGACGUGUGCCGGCUUCGCGUGCAGCUCGACUCGCGUCCUUCGGCGGAUUAGCGGCUGGACUGGGAAUGGGAGCCAUCGCUGAAGUGGCCAGGCGCACACUUGGUGUCAGCCAGAAAGAGGAUGCCAGCGGCAGCGGCGUCCUGGAUCGCAGUGCUUUCUUGACCGACGCCAAUGCUGAGCGGAUUGUUAACACGCUGUGCCGGGUGCGUGGCGCAGCACUAAAGCUCGGGCAAAUGUUGAGCAUGCAAGAUACCGCUUUAAUCAAUCCACAAGUGCAGCAAAUUUUCGAACGUGUGCGUCAGAGUGCGGAUUUUAUGCCAAAGCGACAAAUGGAGGAUGUUCUGGAAAGCGAAUUGGGUUCGACAUGGAGAGAAACAUUUGCGGAAUUCCACGAUACGCCGUUCGCUGCGGCAUCCAUCGGUCAAGUGCAUUUCGGGAAAUUGAUUGAUGGGCGUGAAGUGGCUGUGAAAAUCCAGUAUCCGGGUGUGGCCGAAGGAAUUAACAGCGACAUCAACAAUUUAAUGGGGAUCUUAAAUAUGUGGAAUAUAUUUCCUAAGGGUUUGUACAUGGACAAUCUGAUGCGAGUAGCGCGAGUUGAAAUGGCCUGGGAAUGCGACUACAUUCGGGAAGCGGAAUACAUGAAACGUUUCCGAAACGUGCUAAAGGAUGAUCCAAUAUUCAUUGUUCCGGCAGUUAUCGACCACUUAUGCAGUAGAAAAAUUUUGACAACGGAAUUUAUCUACGGAGAGCCUCUUGAUAAAGCGUUACAUUACGAUCAGGAUACGCGGAAUAUGAUCGCCAAAAGCUUCCUAAGACUUUGCUUUGAGGAACUUUUCAUUCAUCGACUGAUGCAGACCGAUCCUAACUGGGCCAAUUUCUUUUACAAUCACGACAAUAAAAAGAUGUAUCUGCUGGAUUUUGGAGCUGCUAGGACAUUUGAGAAAGAAUUCAUUGAUGUCUAUAUUGAAGUCAUUCGAGGUGCCACGGUUGGCGACCGUGAUUUGGUGCUGAAAAAUUCUCAGAAGCUUGGUUUUCUGACGGGAUUGGAAACGAAGAUGUUAGAAGCAGCACAUGUGGACGCGGUUAUGAUAUUGGGAGAACCAUUCCGUAAUGAUGAGCCCUACGAUUUUGGUCAGCAGGAUAUCACAAAACGCAUUCAUAAUAUUCUUCCCGUUUUUGCCGAGCACCGCCUCACGCCGCCUCCUGACGAGAGCUAUUCGCUUCAUCGCAAAAUCGCCGGGGCGUUUCUCCUCUGCACGAAUAUGAGAGCCAAAAUUACAUGUCGUGACGUUUUUGACAAAAUUUAUCAAGAACACAAGAAUCUCGUGUAAUGUGCAGUGAUUAUAACCGUACCACUGUUCUUUCUUUUUUGUUGUUAACUGUUUUAUGGCUGAUACUUGUAAGUAUAGCUUUGCUGUAUACCCAUACCGAUGAGUGAGGUGUGUUUGAUUUUUUAUGGUACUAACUUUUUUUAAAAAUGAAACUAUAUACGACGUGAACUGGUGAAAUGUACAAAGUAAUGGCUGAUUAAUAAUAAAGAAAUCAAAUGG